UUCGAUGAAUUGAUUCGUUCGUGAACGACACAUAAACACACUGUAGUGAGGAAGUGAAAGUGUUUCUGAACAACUCGACGUUCACAAAAGAACAAAAGUUUGGUCUGAAAUAUAACCUUAGACGUAAACAGGUCUUCUACAGUCUGAUGAAGAUGAGCCACAUCAGUAAGAUGUCACCACCACAGUUUAAUUUCAUCUUGUUGGGAAAAUCAGGUUCAGGUAAAAGUGCAUCAGGAAACACCAUAUUAGGACAAAGAGCUUUCACCUCACAGAAAAGUCAAACCUCUGUCACUAAACAUGUUCAGAUGGAACACUGUACAGUUUCUGGUCUCCCAGUUACUGUUUACGACACUCCAGGGUUCUGUAACACUGAGCUGAGUGAUGAUCAGGUCAUACAGGAAUGUCAGAAGGCCUUCAGCUCAUGUGAGUCAGAAUCAGACGUCUGUACAUAUCUACUGGUCAUCAGGGCAGAUAGAUUUACUGAGGAAGAUCUGAAAGCUGUGCAGAAAACCGAGCUUCUGUUAGGACCACAGCGUCUGGAAAAGACCUGGAUCCUCUUCACUGGAGGAGAUGAACUAGAGGAAGAGGAACAGACCAUAGAGAAUUUCAUCAUUAAUACAGAAUCUCUGAUGGAGCUGAUGAAGAGAUACAGUUACAGACACCACGUCUUCAACAACAAUAUAAAAAGUGACCAAGCUAAAGACCUUCUGAACAUAGUUGUCAAGAAAUUUUUUAAAUCUGCAUCACAUCUGCAGAGAAAAAAACCACAGACCACCAGCAGCAGUUCUGACCUGAGGAUUGUGCUGUUAGGGAAAACUGGAUGGGGGAAGAGCUCUACAGGAAACACCAUCCUGGGAGAGGAGAAAUUCAGAUCUAAAUUCAGCAUGAACUCUAUCACCAGCAAGAGUGAAGCUCAUCAUGGCCAUGUUGAGGACAGGAACGUGUGUGUGAUUGAUACUCCAGGUCUCUUAGACACAUCUGUUGAUCCUGUAAAAACAGCUUGUGAGAUAGGGAGGAGUAUCUAUUUGUCCAGUCCAGGACCUCACACUCUCCUCAUUGUUCUGCCACUGAAUAUUAGGUACACAGAACAGGAAAAACACAUUAUUCAGCUAAUUGAAAACUUAUUUGGAGAUGAAGUGAGGAAAUAUGCAAUGGUUCUCUUCACCCAUGGAGACCAGUUAGAUGGAGAAAAUGUAGAGACACUCAUUAAAGAGAACAAGACUUUAAGUGACCUUGUCCAGCAGUGUGGAGGUGGAUAUCAUGUCUUUAAUAAUAAAGAGCUGACAAACAGAGAGCAGGUCAGUGAGCUACUGCAGAAGAUAGACAGGAUGGUGGAGAAGAACGGAGGAACCUGUUACUCCAAUGAGAUGUUUGAGGAAGCAGCCAGACUCAGACAGGAGGAGGAGAAGAGGGUGAGGAGAGAGGAAGAGGAAGUAAAACAAAGAGUGGAGGAGGAAAUAAAACAGAGAGUGGAGGAGGAAAUAAUACAGAGAGCAGAAGAGGAAAUAAAACAGAGAGUGGAAGAGGAAAUAAAAAAAGAAAACAGAAAGAAAACAGCAGAAAUAAAACAGAGAGUGGAAGAGGAAAUAAAACAGAGAGUGGAAGAGGAAAUAAAACAGAGAGUGGAAGAGGAAAUAAAACAGAGAGUGGAAGAGGAAAUAAAACAGAAAGUGCAACAGGAAAUAAAACAGAAAGUGGAAGAGGAAAAAGAGGCAAAUAGCUCAUUUUUGAAGAAUUUUUAUGUGAAAUAUCAUAAAUGGAUUCUUGCAGCUCUUGUUGGUGUUGUUUGUGCUGGUGUUGGUGCUGUUGCUGUUUAUUGUGCUGGUGUUGCUGGUGCUACUGCUGGUGCUACUGCUGGUGCUGGUGUUGUUGCUGCUGGUGCUGGUGCUGGUGUUGCUGGUGCUGGUGUUGCUGCUGCUGGUGCUGGUGCUACUGCUACUGCUGGUGUUGCUGCUGCUGGUGCUGGUGUUGCUGCUGGUGGUGCUGUUGUUGUUGCUGCUGGUGCUGGUGCUACUGCUGGUGCUGUUGCUGUUGCUGCUGCUGGUGCUACUGCUGGUGCUGUUGUUGCUGCUGGUGCUACUGCUGGUGCUGUUGUUGCUGCUGGUGCUACUGCUGGUGCUGUUGUUGCUGCUGGUGCUGGUGCUACUGCUGGUGCUGUUGUUGCUGCUGGUGCUGGUGCUACUGCUGGUGCUGUUGCUGCUGCUGGUGUUGCUGCUGGUGUUGGUGUUGCUGGUGCUGGUGUUGCUGCUGCUGGUGCUGGUGCUACUGCUGGUGUUGCUGCUGCUGGUGUUGCCUCUGCUGGUGCUGGUGUUGCUGCUGCUGCUGGUGUUGGUGCUGCUGUUGGUGCUGGUGUUUGUGCUAUAGUCGAAGGUGUAAAUUAUUUGUGUGAUUCUAAAAAUAAAAAGUAGAUGAUCUGAAAUAAGACUUGUGAUUAGAAUGAACACCAGACCUGGUUACUCUGUCUGAAUUAUUCUCUCAUAUUAAAUCAGAUUUCAUUUAGAUUGUUAUACUGAAUUUUACAAAUCCUGUCUAAAUCACCUAUAACCUAAAAUGUAUAAUCCUGUGUACUGUAAUAAAAUGUGUUAGUGAACACUGUAGAGUUCAUAUAUAUAGUCUUUAUAUAAUCAGUGAGAAAAAUAAUAAUAAUAGGUGUUUAUGUGUGAGUAGAAUCUAUAUUGUGUUUCUUUUCCUCAGCUGUGCAGUGGCAGGUUUACGGCCAGUGUACAGAAUAGAAUCAUUUUAAAUCUGUAUCUUAAUAAAUGUGUCAAGUCUCUCAACAUGAUGUGUACUAAUGAUGUGUGCACUAAUAAAACAUUACUGUCAGUAGUAA